GCCAUGGGGCGGAAGAAGAAGACCCUGCACGACUACGCGGCCGAGUUCUCGGAGCUGUCGGUGAAGCGGCACCUGCUGGAGCGCGGCGGGCCCGGCGAGGCGGCGGUGGUGGAGACGCUGUUCUGCACCUGCUGCCAGCUGCCCAUGCGGGUGCGCCGCGACCGCAUCCUGGAGCAUCUCUCCUCCGGCCGCCACUACCGCAACCGCCGGCUGCUCCGCCAGCACGGGCUGCGCGCCCCGCUCCUCCUCUCUGCAGGUCCAGACGCGCGGCCCGGGCUGCCCCUGCAGCUGGACGCGGCCUCCCUGCUCUCCCAGCCCUCCCUCCUCCUCGCCGGCACCAGCGCCAGCUACGCCAUGGUCCCCUCGCCGCCCUCCUGCCACAAGCCGCUGCUGCCCCUCUUCCCUCUGGCCGCCCCCAGGGAGGCCCCGGCGCCCCCCGCCGCCCGCCCCGCGGGGGUCGCGGCUGCGCCCGCCGGGCAGCCCAGCCCGGGAGCCGGGGCCUCGCUCGGCGGCCUCGGCCUCGCCCUCCUCGGCACCGGGCUCGUUAGCAGAGCCCUGCUGCGCAGCCUGCUGGAGGAGAGCGGCUGCUCCUUGCUCUACGUCGUGGAGGACCAGCGGGAGGAGCUGGAAGGCGCUUUGGGAGCCGAGAUCCCGGCGGGAACCAGGCUGCUGCGGCUGCAGGACGCGGCUGUGGCGCUCGGCGACCAGCGGGUCUCUGGAGCCAUUAUUUGUUCCCCACCUGAAGAAGCCUCUGAGAUGGUGAUAGAAGCUCUACGAGCAGGAAAAGGUGUGUUUUGUGAGAGGCUGCCCAGUGUUGACAGGCAGAUGGCAGAAGCUUGUUUUGAUGAAGCUGACAGGUGUGGCAGACCAUUGGUGUGUGGAUUCUACAAGCGCUUCGACCCAGCGCUGCAGUUCCUGUGCAGGAAGGUGCGGGAGAGCCGGGCCCUGGGGAGGAUCCACCGCGUCUCUGCAGUCAGCAGCAUCUACCCAGCGCCCUCUCUGGGCUGCCUGAAAGCCUCAGGUGGAAUUUUUUAUAAUGCUGCUGUGCACGACAUAGAUGCUGUCAGUUUGUUGCUGGGAGAGAGUGCACCAGAUACAAUAUUUUCACUGGGCCAUGCAUUCUGUGCAGAUAUGGCCUCCUUGAAGGACGCAGACACUGUAGCGGUCAGCAUGAAAUUCCCCAGCGGAGCAAUUGUAACUUUGGACAUCAGUCAGCACUGCACUAAAAGCUGUGAUCAGAGACUGGAGGUUCACGGGUCUCAAGGAACGUUGAGGGUCGAUAAUCAGAAUCCCCUGGGAAUUACAGAGCACGGGACAUCAGUGCCCGUGUGUCCCCAGACCCUCACUGACCGCUACAGAGACGCACACAGGGAGCUCUUCCGACACUUCCUGAGAGCCCUCAAAGGCAAGGAGCCCCCCGUGAUAACCAAAGAGCAGUUUCUCUGGACGCUUCAGGUCGCUGCAGCUGCUGAGCAGUCCUGGAGGAGCGGAUCCGCUGUCGACUUGCGCAGCGCAGCGACGGGUUCGUCCGUCAUCAAGACGGAGAUGCUGUGACAGGUUCUCUGAGGGGGAGGGUCUCUGCUGAGCUGUGCUGCAGUGAGGUCUUUCCACCCUGGGGUGUCUCCACUGUAACCUUAAAAUAAGACUUGUGGUUUGGACCUUUCCAGCAGGAAUGCCCAGGAGAUGGAGGCACUUUUGAGCCAGAAGUGCCUCAGGAUGAGGCUGCAGGUGUUUCUUGGCUCGUCAGCCAGAGCCCUCCAGAAGUUCUGGGCAGUUUCAUCCAGGUGGCUUUUCCUCCCAGGGAGCUUGGCUGGCUGUGGAGCCCUGUUUUCCUGGGAGAAGACCGAUGCUCCUCAGGCUUGGGGUGGUGUGGAGUGGUGCAAGCAGGUGCCUUUCCUGGCAGCUGCACAGGUGAGAUGACCUAAUGCCCCAAAAACCAGGGCAGCAUCCAUCUGGUCCAUGCUUGUUUCCCUGCAGUAUGUGCAGGAAUGUGACUUGUGUGCUGAACUCCCCUCUGGGCCUCCUCUUUAUUGUUUGGCUUUACUGGGUUUUCUAAAUCUUUUUGAAAAGAAGUUAUAAUCUAAUUUUACUAGGGGGGGGUGGGAAUGAAAAGAGGAGAGGCAGAGCUCUGACCAUCCUGCUGUUGUUGGUGAGAGGCUUUGUAGUAAGGCCCUAAAUUAAGGCUGUGCCACAGAGGAGCAACUCACUGAUGCAUUUCAGUACUAGACACUGGAUUGUUCAAGGGGUGUUCAGCAGGUAAGGGAUGAGCUUGUCCAGGGGCUGUGACAGAGCCAGGUGGGUUGGUCACCCCUGGCUGAGCCAUGGCUGGCUUCCCUGCACAGCAGCCAGGAGCUGUCAGAAGGCUGUUGUUUUCCUUACUUACAUGCAAAUGUUGUAUGUUAACAUUUUAGUAGCAGAAUGGAGCUAAUAAUAAUGUUCUUUUGAGUGUAGAAGAGCAUCUGAUCAUGUGUUUUGAAGGUAUUUUUUGAUAACCCAGCAGGUUUGGAAUUUACACCACAGAAAAAGCUAGUGCCUUCCACAACAGGCAAGUCUGCUUUCAAACCAGGUUCUUUCUACCUUUAUAUUCUAGUGUUGAGCUCAUUGCAGAUGUAUAGAUUUGACUAUUCUUGUCAAUUUCUCACAUGUCAGUUUUCAAGAUCUUUUGAAAGCUUUUUUUAUUGUAUUAAAAUAUGUUCUUGCCUUGAGUGUUAGUUUAUAAAUGACACUUCUUGCCAGAUCCUUUAGUUCAAUCAAUUUCCAAUUCCUACAUAUGCAAUAUAUAUUACUUAAACUAGAAAUAAUGGUGACAUUUAUAACUGAAGACAAUUCUCUUGUGGAAAUUGUUUCUACUGCUGUAAUUUUUCAGACUCAGAAAAGCUGUGUCUUAACUAUAAAGACUGCUAUCAAUUUAA